AUGCAAGAAGCGGCAGCAUUCCAAAUGCCUCUUCAGCUGAGGGAGCUUUUUGUCGACAUUUGCCGCUUCUGUAAUCCCUCCGACGCUCUGCAUCUGUUUGAAAUCAACCUAAACCAUCUGAUGGAAGACUACAUUAGAAGCGGGCAUGAAGCUAACGUGGCCAAGAACUUGACGUUAAAAUGGAUUCAGGACAAGCUACGUCUCCACAAUCAGACGAUGGAAGAUCUCUCCUUGCCUGUCCCGGAUUUCCAUCUGAUUAACCAACUGGUCGAAGCUCAGAUGGAAGAGAACAACGAAACCAGUCAAAGAGAAAAGAGACUGAUGGGCGAAAUGAUGUCGGCGCAACUCAACGACGGUCAACGCUUGGCCUUUGAUCAAGUCAUGACUGCUGUUAACGAUGUCAACAACUCACAUGUGCGGCAGUAUUUUCUGGACGGUCCUAGAGGAACGGGAAAGAUCUUUCUCUACAACACCCUAAUCACGGUCCUCCAAGGCCAAGGGAGACGAGUCAUCGCAGUGGCUGCCACGGGGAUCGCGUCAACUUUGUUACUGGACGGAACAACUUACCAUUCGCAGUUCAAGAUUAAUCCUCCAAUAACAGAGACGACGCGAUCGAAAAUCGAAGAAGCUAGCUACAACGCGCAACUGAUCAGAAACGCAAGUCUCAUUAUUUCCGACGAAGCAACCAUGAAGACCAACCACGCCCUCAACGCGAUCAAUCAUCUUUUCCAAACUGUCAUGAAGAAUCACGUCGAUCCCUACGGUGGCAAAGUUCUCUUGAUCGGCGGCAAUUUUAGACAGUGCUUGCCCGUUCUUCGAUUGGUGCAAAACAUGCGCACCGCCGAUGGUAGUCAAGAUUUCGCUGAUUGGCUCAUUCAACUGGGAAACGGAUCUUUGGCACAAACACCACGGCCUAAUGACCCAGAUCUCAUCGAAAUCUCGCAAGACUUUCUCAAUAUUCGAACUAACUUAAUCGAACACGUCUUUGGCGAUCCAUCGGAUCAUUUAAAUGAAGGCGUCAGAGAACAAUCAGUACUCAACCCCCAAAGGGAUGUAUUACACCGGGCUAUUCUAUGUCCCAAGAAUGAAGACUGUCUUAGGAUCAACAACAAGAUCAUUUGCGAGAUGCCUGGCGCGUUGAAAGUCUGCAAAAGUAUCGACACUAUCGAUUCAGAGGAACCAGAGGAAAUUUCCAACUACCCUCCGGAAAUUUUACAUACCUUCCGGGAAAGUAAAAGAAAAGUCUCCGGGCUACCUCCGCACCUACUCAAACUCAAAAUCAGAGCCAUCGUCAUUCUUCUCAAGAACAUUGACUCGCGACAGGGACUUUGCAAUGGCACGAGGCUCAUCAUCAAGGCGCUCAGCGGUAACCUGAUCGUGGCAGAGAUCGCGGCCGGGAAACACAAAAGACACAACUUUCCUGUGCUUGUUGCUUUCGCUAUCACCAUCAACAAGUCACAGGGACAGACUUUUGAGCAAGUAGGCAUCUACCUUCCGGAAUCCGUUUUCAGCCACGGCCAACUAUACGUCGCAUUCUCGCGUGCAACAUCAAGAGAAGGUGUCAAGGUUCAGAGCGAAGAAACAGAGAAACAGGGCAAGCAACUUAAAAAUAUUCCACAAAUCACGGAACAAGAUAAGAACAACGUAUUCACGAAAAACAUGGUUUUCAAGGAAGUUCUCCUACAAGAAUAG